AUGCAGUCAGUGUGCCAGCACGUCCUUAGCCUGCUCCUGGUCAUCAGCAGCCUGUCCACACAUCUCACAGACGGCUGCUCGUGCGCGCUCACGCACCCGCAAGACGCCUAUUGUAACUCCGACAUCGUGAUCCGAGCAAAAGUGGUGGGCAAGAAGCUGCUCCGAGAUGGGCCUUUUGGAACCUUGAGAUACACUGUCAAACAAAUGAAGAUGUACAAAGGCUUCGAGAAAGUGCAGCACGUCCAGCACAUUUACACAGACGCCUCCGAGAGCUUGUGUGGAGUCAAGUUUGACAUCAAUAAGUACCAGUAUCUCAUCACAGGACGAGUGUACGAUGGGAAGGUCUACACUGGACUCUGUAACUUCAACGAGAGGUGGGAGCGGCUGUCCCUGGCCCAGAAGAAGGGCAUCAACCACCGGUACCAGCUUGGAUGCAACUGUAGGAUCAAGGCAUGCCACUACCUUCCCUGCUUUGUGACGUCCAAGAAUGAGUGCCUUUGGACCGACAUGCUGUCCCACUUUGGCUACCCUGGGUACCAGUCCAGACACUAUGCCUGCAUCCAGCAGAAGGAGGGCUACUGCAGCUGGUACCGGGGAAUGACGUCCCGUGACAAAACUGCCAUCAACGCCACCGACCCGUGA